UUGUGGCUGUUGGGGCGGCGGCCGGCCCUGCGGCAGGAGCCCGCGCUCCGGCUCCGGCCAUGGGACGGCCGUCCCUCGCGCUGCGGCUGCUGCUGGCGCUGCUGCUGCUGCCGCCAGCGCCGUUCUGGGCGCUGCGCCCGGCGCCCUGCCCGGAGCCCUGCAGCUGCCCGCCCGACGGCGCCCUGCGCUGCCCCGGCCCGCGGGCCGGCCUCAGCCGACUAUCACUCACCUAUCUCCCUAUCAAAGUAAUCCCAUCUCAAGCUUUCAGAGGACUUAAUGAGGUCAUAAAAAUUGAAAUCUCUCAGAGUGAUUCCCUGGAAAAGAUAGAAGCUAAUGCCUUUGACAACCUCCUCAAUUUGUCUGAAAUACUGAUCCAGAACACUAAAAACCUGGUGUACAUUGAGGCCGGAGCAUUUACACAUCUCCCUCAGUUAAAAUACCUAAGCAUCUGUAACACAGGCAUCCGCAAGCUUCCAGAUGUUACGAAGAUCUUCUCCUCUGAAUUUAAUUUCAUUCUGGAAAUUUGUGAUAACUUACACAUAACCACUGUACCAGGAAAUGCUUUUCAAGGGAUGAAUAACGAAUCCAUAACGCUAAAACUAUAUGGAAAUGGAUUUGAAGAAAUACAAAGUCAUGCAUUCAAUGGGACAACACUGAUUUCCCUGGAGCUAAAGGAAAACGCACACCUGGAGAAGAUGCACAACGACGCCUUCCGGGGGGCCACGGGGCCUAGCAUCUUGGAUAUUUCUUCCACUAAACUGCAGGCCCUGCCUAGCUAUGGGCUAGAGUCCAUUCAGAUGCUAAUUGCCACAUCAUCCUAUUCUCUGAAAAAACUGCCAUCAAGAGAAAAAUUUACCAACCUCCUGGAUGCCACAUUGACUUACCCCAGCCACUGCUGUGCUUUUAGGAACUUGCCAACAAAAGAGCAGAAUUUUUCAUUUUCCAUUUUUAAAAACUUUUCCAAACAAUGUGAAAGCACAGCAAGGAGACCAAAUAAUGAAACACUUUAUUCCGCCGUCUUUGCUGAGAGUGAACUGAGUGGCUGGGAUUAUGACUAUGGUUUCUGCUUACCCAAGACACUCCAGUGUGCUCCUGAACCAGAUGCUUUCAAUCCCUGUGAAGACAUUAUGGGCUAUGACUUCCUUAGAGUCCUGAUUUGGCUGAUUAAUAUCCUGGCCAUCGUGGGGAAUGUGACUGUCCUCUUUGUCCUCCUGACUAGUCGCUAUAAACUCACAGUGCCCCGCUUUCUCAUGUGCAACCUCUCCUUUGCAGACUUGUGCAUGGGGCUCUACCUGCUCCUCAUUGCCUCAGUCGAUGCCCAAACCAAAGGCCAGUACCAUAACCACGCCAUAGACUGGCAGACAGGGAGUGGGUGCAGCGCGGCUGGCUUUUUCACUGUGUUUGCAAGUGAACUCUCUGUCUACACCCUCACAGUCAUCACGCUAGAAAGAUGGCACACCAUCACCUAUGCUAUUCAGCUGGACCAAAAGCUGCGACUGAAACAUGCCAUCCCAGUCAUGCUCGGAGGGUGGCUCUUUUCUUCUCUCGUUGCCAUGCUGCCUCUUGUGGGUGUCAGCAAUUACAUGAAGGUCAGCAUUUGCCUCCCCAUGGAUGUGGAAACCACCCUCUCACAGGUCUACAUCUUAACCAUCCUGAUUCUCAAUGUGCUGGCCUUCAUCAUCAUUUGUGCUUGCUACAUUAAAAUUUAUUUCGCAGUCCAAAAUCCAGAGCUGAUGGCUACCAACAGAGAUACAAAGAUUGCUAAGAAAAUGGCGGUCCUCAUCUUCACCGAUUUCACCUGCAUGGCACCAAUCUCUUUCUUUGCCAUCUCAGCUGCCUUCAAAGUGCCCCUCAUUACAGUAACCAACUCAAAGGUUCUGCUGGUUCUCUUUUAUCCUGUCAAUUCAUGCGCCAAUCCGUUUCUGUAUGCAAUUUUCACGAAGGCAUUCCGAAGGGAUUUCUUUCUGUUGCUGAGCAAAUUUGGCUGCUGUAAAUAUCGAGCUGAACUUUAUAGGAGGAAGGAUUUUUCAGCUUAUAUCUCCAACUGCAAAAAUGGCUUCACUGGAUCAAAUAAGCCCUCCCGGUCUACCUUGAAGUUGACCACAUUACAAUGUCAAUAUUCUGCUGUCCUGGACAAGACUUGCUGUAAGGAGUGUUAACUGUGAUAUCAGUAAACACAUUACUGAAUUACACUUAUGUAAAAAAUUUAUCUCUACCAGUAAUAUUAACAAAGAGUUGGUUUCAGGAAAUUAUGUGUUAGGCACAUCAGGCAAAAAAAGACUCUAUCUAGCUCAAAAUGUGAUCCAUGACCACGGCCGGUCUAAAAACUAUUUGUCACUGGCACAUGAUAACAAUACAGAGUGUUUAGAAACUUUUACAGCAAUUUUGACAGAUUAAUUUUAUGUCUGCUGUAUCUACCAUUUCAAAAAUGAGAUGGUGAUUUGCAUGACUGUAAUUUUUUUCUCAUUUCAUCCUUGCAGUAAUUUUUAUUGCAUUUUUACAAAAAUAUUGGUCCAUAAGAGAUUUGAAAUUUGAAAUAACUAGUCCUUUUCCUCAGACAGUUUGAGAAAUAUAGACUCUGGAGAUGCACUGUCCAAUCUGGUACCUCCCAGACACAUGCAGCUAAAUUAAGCUAAAUUAAAAAUGUGUCUUCUCAAUUGCACUAGGAACAUUUCAAGUGCUCAACACCCAUACAUGACCUGUGGUUACUAUAUUGAACAACACAUAUACAGAACAGUUUCAUCAUCACAGAAAGUUCUAUUGGACAGUGCUGUCCUAGACAUUUAUUUAUCCCAUAUCUAGAUUCUAGAUUUAAUAAUUAUUAAAAUUUUAAAUUAUACUAUUUAAAAUUAAUGUAAAGUAAGCAUCUAAAGGCACAUUUCAUCCUGUUGGUCUGGUGUUUAGUCUCUAAAGAACAGUGAAGCAUUAAAUAGCAGACUAUAAACUCCUUGUGGGUAGGAACCCUGUCUCAAUUUUGCUUCCUUAUCUCCUAGCUCAGGAUCUCAGCAAUAGCAUGCAACAAAUGUGCUGAAUGACACUGAAGUUAAGAAAUCUACAAGGAAAAAAAAAUAUCUUCUUUUUCUUUCUAGGGCCCUAUCUUUUAUGGAAGUAAAAGAAAAUGCUUAAAUAUUUUAAAAUAUUUAACUUUCAUAGUUUCUAUCUUUGAAGGUAUUGAAAAAUAUAUCCAAUAUUUGCUAGAAGGUAUUUUAUAUAUCAGAAUUGACUCUUAUAAGACAAUAAAAUUAUGGUUUUAAUUGCAAUG